GAAGAGCUGAGGUGAGCACCAGCAGGAAAUAAAGUGGGGAUGGACCCGGAUGUGGGUUAGAUGAGUGGUUUAUUUGCAGCCAGGAAGUGGAACUAUGCCUGUGUGACGCCUGCACAAAAAGUCACUGCAACGCACAUCCGCUGUGCACAUCUCAGAAAGGAGUAGAAAAGAAAACAGACCUGGGUUAUGGCUAUUAACUGAAGUUACUGUAAUUACGAAAAAGUUAUAAAAGAAGAUGGACGCAUGUUUUUAUGGUAAUCACAUAAAAUCAGUUGCUUGAGAAGCCAUGGAAAGCGAUCUCAUUCUACCUGCCCCGGAUGAUUUUACGUCAGAAGAGCCAUAUCUGGAAGCCAAGCUAUACAUAGAAAGGGUGGAGCAGGAGAAUCACCGAUGCCAGGAAGAAAUCCACAGAGAGAGAACCCAUGAACCAUUGGAGACAGACGUUCCCGAACAGUUAGAGCAUGGGGUUUCCAUUACAAUGUAUCCUGUUAGGGUUCCCAGCAUGCAUUUCAGCUGUGCUACGGUACAAUGGGAUAUGCCACAAAUUCCUGCAGAUGCUCCAUCCAAAGAUUUGGGUUCAAGUGAGAUUAACUCGAGUUACGGGUUGAGUAUGGACUGGGUAAUCAAUCCAGCCUUAGACAUGCCAUUGUUGAGCCAGGAGGAAAUUAUUGAUCCGGAACCAGAGGAAGAGCCAGGACAGACAGAUGAUGACGUGGAGCAAGAGCCUGUAGAAGUCGACUCUUGCCAGUUACAUGAUCCACAUACAGAGGUGAAUGUUUGUGCGACACUAUCAACUGAAGACGAACAGACACCAUUUACAGAGAUCUCACAGGCACCAGAAGCAAAUGAUGAUGGUGGAUUAUUGGACUGUGAGGAAAAUAUUAAUGAAAUAGAAAGCCAUCUCUGUAUAGAGAUCCUGCCAGUUCCUGAGGAAAAUAUUAAUGAAAUCGAAGUUCCUGGGGUUUUCGAAGUUCCUGAAGAAACCGACAGCAACUUUGUGCUUUUGCAUAAACCAGAGCAGGUACUUGAAGACAUGGGAGAAACAAAAGAUGAAGUGGAGCUCAAUUCCGAGGCUGAAUUUCCCCCUCCUCCGUGUGAGGAGGACUGUAGUUCUACCCAACAGUCAGAAACAAAUGACCCAGUCCUAGAACAGGAUUUAAAACAAAGUGAGGAACCUGAUCUCAUCCAAGAGGCAGAUCCACUUCAACAAGAUGUAACACCAGAUUUGGUCUGCGAUGCUGUCGAGACAUUAAAGAUUGAAGUUUCUGAAAAUGUGGAGGCGAUUAUAAUUGCUAAUGAUGAGUUAGAAAAUGCUGAUAGAUUUGGCGAGAUACAAGAACCUGUGUUGGAAUUCGAGCAAGAGGAACCAACCUGUGAAGAGGUGAUUGAAAGUACAGUGGAAGAGGAACUUCACAGACACAAAGAACAAUUAAUACCACAGUCAGAUUGUUCAGACGAGUUGGAAAACUCAGAAGAGUCAAAACAAGAACUUGAAGAAACUUCAGAAGAGACAAAGGAACCAAGUUCUAAUGAAACAGAAACAUCAGACCAGGCAAGUCAGACAAAAAGUACAGUUGAUAUAGAAGCAAAUCAAAGAGAAAUUCCCAAUGAGACAGAACUCCUGGACCAGCCUAAAUGCUCAGCUGAAACAGACCCAUCACAACUUUCAGAGCCGAAGGACGGUGAAGAUGACUCAACCAUAUCAACUCAACUAGAGGAGCUUCAACAAACCGAGCGGGAAAACCACACCACCUCUGAACAACAUGAGAAGAAUGACAACGACAGUGUAGGACAAACUGAAAAGGUCUCAUCCAAGCCUGUGCCUGUGGCAGAGGAACAGCAGGAGGAACCUGUUGAACCUAAAGUUCCCUACAAGAAUGGAAACAUAGAAGUUGCGGACCGAGAGGAAGCUCGUAAACUUGCAGAGAAACUUUACAAGCUUGACAAUGUUCAGCGUACAGAUGUGGUUCGCCAUUUGGACAAAGACAAUGAGUUCAGUCGUGUUGUUGGGGAGGAGUACCUCAAGUUCUUCGAAUUCAUGGGCCAAAGCUUGGAUGAAGCUCUUCGGUCUUUUCUAAAAGAAGUGGUUCUAAUCGGUGAGACUCAAGAGAGGGAGCGAGUUCUCGAUCAUUUCUCCAAGCGUUACCAGCAGUGCAACCCUGAGACAUUCUCCUCAUCCGGAGCCGUGCUCACGCUCACAUGUGCCGUCAUGUUGCUCAACACAGACCUGCACGGACAAAAUGUUGGGAAGGCCAUGUCUAUGGCCGACUUCGUGUCUAACCUGGAUGGGAUGAAUGAAGGAGAGAAUUUCAGUAAAGACAUACUGAAGUCUUUUUAUAACUCAAUCAAGAAUCACCAGCUUGAGUGGGCAGUAGAAGAGAAGGAACUGUUGACCUCUAUAACCUUGGAGCAGGACUCGGAUCCGGAUGCGGUCCUUCGCUCGAAGAGUAACCCCUUCCAGGACCUGGCCCAUGACAAGAAGGCCACCGUGUUCCAGAAAGGCUUCCUAAAGCGGAAAGCUCAUGCGGACAUAGACGGCAAGCGCACUCCAUGGGGAAAGAGGAGUUGGAAGACGUUUUAUGCAGUGCUUAAAGGAAUGGUGCUGUAUUUACAGAAGGAUGAAUACAGGAAGGAUUGGCAAAGCUCUGAGGAGGUGCUCAGUGUCCAUCACGCUCUGGCAGAGAGAGCAGAGGACUAUACCAAGCGGCCUCACGUAUUCCGCCUGCAGACCGCAGAUUGGAGGGUCUUCCUGUUCGAAGCGCAAUCUACCGAGCAAAUGAACUCCUGGAUCGGACGUAUCAACCUGGUGUCCGCUCUCUACUCGUCUCCUCCGUUUCCUGCUGCUGUUGGCUCUCAGAGGAAGUUCUGCAGACCCAUUCUACCCGCAACACAGUCUACGCUCACUCUGGAGAAGCAGCUGCAGUCACAUGCCGCUAUGCUGCAGUCGUUUCAGGAGGACCUGAGUGCGUUACAGCAGUCGGCACAGGAGAGCCGCAGGGCAAAAGCCAGAGAAGUGGAGGAACACAGGCAGAAGGAGGAGUACCUGCAGCAUGAGCGAUGCCGUUACGAGGCUUACGUUCACAUUCUGGAUAUCUGGCAGACGUUCGGAAAGUCCUCCGAGACGGUCAGCGGGACAGACCUCGCCCGUUUCGACCAGGAGCUAUGGAAAGGAGCAGACAACGAGGAACAGGAGGACAGUGACAUAGAUGGAGGGUUGAAGAGAUCUCAUUCCAGUCCAUCUCUUGAACUUGAAGUAGCUAGUCCGCCCGUGGUCAAAGUGAGGCGUAACAUCUCAGAGAGACGGACCUAUCGCAAGAUAAUCGUCCCGCGACGUAACAGGGAGGUGGACUAAAACCCACACUGUUACAGACUCAUCAUUUCGAAAAGGACUGAAUGUUACGUAAAUUCUUUCUCAGUAUCAGAAUUCCUGUCUUUAAAGAGACUUGCAUUGAAGAAUGCCCUACAUGCAAACAUAAUAAUAUGACCAGUGUUUUCAAGCUAACACCACACUCACCACACACCUUUAAACCACUUUCACAAGAACAAGGCUUUAACAACCAUACCAACAUUUCGUUUAUCCACAUCUGCAUGAAAAAGAGUGGCAUUUCCAAAUAAGGGAACAAUCUUCAUAAUACCACAGUGUCAUAUUAUUAUAACAUUUCUGCAAUUUACUCAGCAAUUAUUCUAAAUAUUAGAAAAAAACACUUAGAAAAAAAAGGGUUCAACCCUUAAGCUUGUUUGACGAAAACUGUUUUUAUUGUAAUGGUUAUUAAAAUAAAUGGUUUUAAUUUUA